AUGGCGCUGGCCGCGGCGGCGUUCGGGUUCGUCGUCGGCAUUUCUUUUCCGGUGGUCAUCACACCCAAGCUUCAGUAUGGUGGCAUGAUGCCAUGGUCGAGUAGCGGUGCUGCAAACUCCAGCUUCCUUGACAUGAGCAUACUAGACAGACUAUGGGCGCCAUCCAGUCCAAAUCUCACGAUUUCAGCGUUUGCAGAGGUUGCAGCAGCAAGAAAAGCUUAUGAAGGCACGGAGAGGCGGCUGCCACCGGGGAUCGUGGUUUCGGAGACCGACCUUCACCUGCGCCGGCUCUGGGGAUCCCCAACACAGGACAGCGCGACUCGCAAAUACCUUCUUGCGCUCGCCGUAGGGUACGACGAGAAAGCCAAUGUCAAUGCAACCAUUCAGAAGUUCUCCGACAACUUCGACAUCGUGCUGUUCCACUACGAUGGCCGCACCACGGAGUGGGAUGAGGAGUUUGAGUGGUCCAAGGAGGUCGCGCAUGUCAGCGCAAGGAAGCAGACCAAAUGGUAAAAUAACUUUCCACUCCCGAGGCUUUCUAUCGGUCCUAACUAGCUCCUAACUAGUCCUCAUUUUCAUUUACUAUGUACCCAAUUGUUUUGAUGCAA